UAUUAACCCCAUGUCAAAUGUAUAUUGUGUAGGGAUAUUCUGUAUCAUUUUAACUUUUAAGUGUUCACCUUCCCCAUGAAUGUUUUGAAAAGAAGUAUUUAUUUUUUGUAUGCUUUUCAGAUAAUAAAAAAAAUAAGCCUCUUUAACUUGGAAGACAACUUUUUACCAUGGAAAACACAAAGGAGAGUAACAGUUGUAAAGAUGACCUUCUGCUUAGGGUGGGACUUAAUGAUAAUAAAGCUGGAAUGGAAGGAUUGGACAAAGAGAAAAUUAAUAAAAUUAUAAUGGAAGCCACAAAGGGAUCCAGAUAUUAUGAAAAUGAGCUCAAGAAAGAAAAACAAGUCAACAAACGAAUUGAAAAUUUAAUGCAACAAAAAGCUCAAAUUACCAACCAACAGCUAAGGAAAGCACAAUUACAGGUUGACAGAUUUGCGAUGGAAUUAGAACAGAACCGGGAUCUGAGCAGUACCAUCGUGCACAUUGAUAUGGAUGCUUUCUACGCAGCUGUAGAAAUGAGGGACAAUCCAGAACUGAAGGAUAAACCUAUUGCUGUGGGAUCGAUGAGUAUGUUGUCUACAUCAAAUUACCAUGCAAGAAGAUUUGGUGUUCGUGCUGCUAUGCCAGGAUUUAUUGCUAGAAGACUCUGCCCACAGCUUAUUAUAGUGCCCCCAAACUUUGACAAAUACCGAGCUGUGAGUAAAGAGGUUAAGGAAAUACUUGCUGAUUAUGAUCCCAAUUUUAUGGCUAUGAGUCUUGAUGAAGCCUAUUUGAAUAUAACAAAACAUUUACAGGAAAGACAAAAUUGGCCAGAGGACAAAAGGAAAUGUUUCAUCAAGACAGCGAACUCUCUAGAAAAUGAUAAACCAGGAAACGAUGUUAAUAAAUUGAAUGAGCUUGAAGGAUCCAUCUCUCCACUGCUAUUUGAAGAUAGUCCUCCUGAUUUGCAGCCCCCAGGAAGUUCUUUACAAGGAAAUUCUGAAGAACAAAAUGCUCAGCUACUUCAAAACUCAGUUGUUUUUGGAACAACAGCUGAGGAAGUGGUCAAGGAAAUUCGUUUCAGAAUUGAGCAAAAAACAGCUCUGACUGCCAGCGCAGGCAUUGCCCCAAAUACAAUGCUAGCAAAAAUAUGCAGUGAUAAGAGAAAACCAAAUGGACAGUACCAAAUUCUCCCCACCAGAGAAGCUGUGAUGGACUUCAUCAGGGAUUUACCCAUUAGGAAGGUUUCUGGAAUAGGAAAAGUUACAGAGAAAAUGUUGAAGGCCCUUGGAAUUACUACCUGUACAGAACUCUACCAACAGAGAGCAUUACUUUCUCUCCUUUUCUCUGAAACAUCUUGGCAUUAUUUUCUUCACAUUGCCUUGGGUCUAGGUUCAACACACCUGGCAAGGGAUGGAGAGAGGAAAAGCAUGAGUGUUGAAAGGACAUUCAGUGAGAUAAGUAAAGCAGAAGAACAGUACAGUUUGUGCAGAGAUCUUUGUGGUGAACUUGCUCAAGAUCUGCAAAAAGAAGGCCUGAAGGGAAGAACUGUUACCAUUAAGCUGAAGAAUGUGAAUUUUGAAGUAAAAACCCGUGCAUCUACCAUUUCAUCUGUUGUUUCUACCUCAGAAGAAAUAUUUGCUAUUGCCAAAGAAUUGUUAAGAACAGAAAUUGAUGCUGAUUUUCCACAUCCCUUGAGAUUAAGACUUAUGGGUGUGCGGGUCUCCGGCUUUCCCAGUGAAGAAGACAAGAAACACCAACAAAGAAGCAUUAUUGGCUUCUUACAGACUGGCAACCAAGCCUUGCCAUCCACUGGGUGUAUACUAGAGAAAACAAACAAAGAAAAGUUUCUAAAACCUCCAGAAAUGUCUCCCAAGAAGAGUUUCUUUGAUAAAAAACGAUCUGAAAGAGAAUGUGGCCACCAAGACACAUUUAAAUGUGACAACACUGUGGAUAAACAAUGUUUACAGACAUCACAGUCUUUCCAAGUUCUAAAGAAGAAGAGUGAGAACUUAGAAACGUCAGAUAAUUCAGAUAACUGUCAGCUAUUUACCUGCCCUAUUUGCUUUAAGGAGCAAAGAGGCUGUAGCCUGGAAGCCUUUAAUAAACAUGUAGAUGCAUGUCUUGAUGGAUCUUCAAUCAGUGAAAACUCAGAAAUAGUCUCAUGUGCACAAGCUUCCACCACAGAAAUGAACAAAAAGGAACAUGUAAAACAUUCCACUAAGAUGCAGGAUUUUGAGACCCAUCAGAAAACUACAGAAAUCACUUCAGUAGAUGGUGUCAAUUUGGUAGAGACUGUAGGUAGUCCACCCAAAGCAGAAAUUUUAGAUGCUGUAAAUAAUAAAAGCGACAUAGAGGAAUGUUCUAAUCUUCCAUGUACAUCAUUUAAUAUUGAACUCUGUCCCCAGAAUUCAUCUUGUGCAGUUUCAUUGGAAAAUGAAGAUACCGAGUCCUUAAAUAGGCAGGAACCCCUCCAACCAUAUGAAAUAGCAAACCAACCCCUGGUGUGUCCAGUUUGUAACCUAGAACAAGAGACUUCAGAUCUUGCCCUGUUCAAUGUACAUGUGGACAUUUGCUUAAACAAGGGCAUUAUCCAGGAACUAGGAAAGGAUGGAUAUAAACCAGCUAACCAGUCCAAGGGAAGCCUCAAACAUACUGGUAACUCAGGCAGAAUACACAAGACUAUAACAAAAACAAAAAGGUCUGGACCUGUGGCAAAGAAUGCAACUUCUAGGAAGGCACAAGCAAAUAACCCCCAAAACACCUUGGAUGUAUUUUUUAAAUGAAUAUUGACUAAUUUAUGAUUCAUCUUUAAUUGAAAAUUUCUAUUUUUUUAAUCAGUGAAAUGGUAUUCAGGUAUUACUCCCAGCUCUGUGCUUGGGAGUCCCUCCUGGCAGUGCUUAGGGGUCCAGGCCUGCAGCACUGCAGUGCCAGGCCUACAGCAUAUAAAUCAUGUGCUUAGCCUAUGACUUUCUCUCCUGCCCAGUUCUUGCUUAUUUUAAGUUUACAGAUUUAAUUAGUGGAAGACAAGCACAGUCUCCUUCCCCAAAUGGCAUUUCCCUGGUAACAAAUUUGGAUUCUUUGCUAAUUUAGUUCUUAUUCCUUUUUGACAAUUAUGGGGGUUUGACUUUCACUAUGUAUUGGUUAAAAAUGAGUCCUAGUAGACAUCUUUGUUUGUCUUGUUUGAUGGGGAAGGGGUGCACGUGUUGUUUGAGGUCACGUCCCACAGUUUCCACAGUUUGCAGGGGCCAUUUCUGGCUUGUUGCUUAGAGGGACCCCUGGCAGUGCUCAGGGGACCAUAUGCAGUUCAGAGAUCAAACCUGGGUCAGCUGUGUGCAAGAUUUGUGCCAUAACUCCUGUACUAUCUAUCUGGCCCCUAGAUGUGUGUGUGGGUGUGUGUGUGUGUGUGUGUGUGUGUGUUUGGGUCACACCUAGUGAUGCCCAGGGGUUACUCCUGGCUCUGCACUCAGGAAUUACUCCUGGUGGUGCUUGGGGGACCAUAUGAAAUCGAACUCAGGUCAGUCAUGUGCAAGGCAAAUGCACUGUUCACUGUACUAUAAUUUAAAAAUGAGAAAUUAGGAAUGAUAGAGAAGAAUGAUUCAUUUAUUAUGUUUUAUAGUGAAUAUAAAAGCAUGUGUAAGGGCUUUCAGAGGUUCACAUAAGUCUUUUCUUAGCAUAAGAAAUUUUCAGUACCUAGUCACUUUGUUGGCAGUGAAUUGCUAUAUUUGAUCCUAGUAUUUUCCAUAACUUGUUAGACUCAUAUUUUGGCUACUUUGUGAACAUUACUAAAAAAUUCUUAGUAAAGAAUUCUGUAAAGACUAUUUACUUAGAAUACUAGCUUAGCAAGACCUUAGCUUUAGGAAAUAAUAUCAUGGUAUUGUUUUCUUUGUUAAAUGAAUCUUGAGAAAAAUAUGAUUCAUUUUAUUUUUUAAUUUGUUUUGGAAAUAAGCACUUAAUUCACUUUAAAAUAUUUAGUUUUGUAUUCAAGGUAUUUUCUUAUCUAGGACUGUGGCAGUAUUUUACUUCUUGGUGUUAUGUUUGUACUUUAUACAAAUAUGUAAAAAAGAAUAAAUUAUACUCUAUCUUUAUUAUUGUCUAGUGAGAAAGGUACAGUUAAAAAUAUUAAUAUAUAUUAAGAUCUCAUUUCUCAGUAUAUUUCUGACAGAUUUUCAUUUGCAAAAGAAAGACAGCUUAAACAAUAGUUUCUUCAGAUACUUUAGUCUAUUUUUGUGUAAAAAAUAUAAUUGAAAGAUGAAGAUAGAAACAAUUUUCUGAUAUUGCUUUUUUUGUUUUUUUACAUUUUUGUUUUUAUUUUUUGGUUUUAUUUUUUAUUUUUAUUUUCUGGUUUUUAUUUUUUGUUUUUAUUAUGUUUUUGUUUUUUAUUUUUUGUUUUUAGGUCUCACCCAGUGGUGUCAGGGCUUACCUCUGGUUUUGUGCUCAGAGUUCACUUCUGGUGGGUUUAAGGGACCAUAUUGGGUGCUGAGGAUUGAACGCCGGCCUACUGUGUACAAGGCAAACACCCUACCCACUGUACUAUAUCGCUCGUCCCCUUUUGCUGUUGCUUUGAGGACCUGAACAUUUUGGUUUAGGUUUUUGUGUUUUGAGCCUCACCUGAUGGUGUGUAGGUCUUACUCCUGGCUCUGGUGGGCUCAGGGGACCAUUUGGGAUACCAGAGAUUAAACCUGAAUCAGCCACAUAAAAAGCAAAUGCCCUACCUGCUGUACUAUCACUCUAGUCCCAAGGAACUGAAUUUUUUUUCUUAUAUUUUUCUUUCUUACUACUUCUAUUUUACAAUGCAUUUUCUCACAGUAUAAGGAAAUAAUAUUUUAAAUAUAGUUUACAGUAAUAUUAUGCAGACUUUGAUUUAAUGGUAAUUUUAACUUCAUAGAUAUUAAAAAUUAUACUCAGUGUUUAUUAACCUGUCAGUUUCGUGCCUAAUAUGUCAUAAGGCAGAAACAAGGUUGUAGUGUUAAUAGUUCUUGAUUAUGUGAUUUAAUAUAUUAUGUGCAUAAUUAAAUCCAAUGAAAUCCUGACCCUGUGUUUAAGAGUAGAUGAUACCAUAUUUGUUUACUGUCUUACCUCAAAUUUAUUUUGUAUUGUAUUUUAAAAAUACAGAUUUUAUUUGUAUUGUAUUAGUCAUUUAUAAAUUAUUUUCAUUUAGGUUUUUUAUUUAAUGUUACUUGUUAAUAUUUAAUAAUAAUUUAAAAUAAAGUCUGAGAUUUGG